ACGUCUCACUAUAACGUUCCAGUGCGUCUCAUUCUAUCACAUCAGGCAUCUAUCGAUUGAACGAACGGUUAUCGGAUUGAACUGUACGAAGGGCUGUUGCUCGCUCCUUCCCAUUUAUUGAAAACUCACUCCGUAAUUACUUCUGUAAUUCCCUACGCGUCAACUAUUUAUCCUACUGGAGGAAGGGUUGGCUGAAUUGAAUAAUGUCUUCAACGGCCACGCAGCGCUCGUUGCUGCUAGCGCUGAGCGGUGUGUCGCUAGCAGCACUAUUUUUAUGGUACCUACAAUCGAAGAAAGGACGAAAAAGUCCAUCUAUAAAAGACAUCGAAAAGAAGAAAGUCGCAGAUGAGGUGGACAGCAGGCAGAAGGAGCGCGCACUAACUACGACAGUUCGUGAGUCAUUGCCGGAGAAGAAAGAAGAGAAAGUUAUAGAAGAACCAGCUGAGUCACAACCAGCGCCUCCAGCGGUGAUUCCUACCAUAGAAUCUCUUGCUGGACAGCCAGAAAUGACCACUGCUCCUGAGACUGGUCAGGUGUCACAAGUGGACUCUUCACCAGUUCCCAUGGUCAACGGAAUUGCGAAAGAAGCAGAUGAGGAAAAUGUGACUCAGUUGAAAGCUGGCAUUACCUAUGCAGAGGCGGCGAAGGAGGACCACACCUCUGUCGAAGAAAGUGAAAAUCAAACGAAGAAAAACCCAACACAAUCGGAAGAGUCUGCUGAGGAGACCGCGGAUCUUCAUCAGCAACUUGUUCUUGAUGUGUCGCACCAGGCCGAACCAGAAGCAUUUUCAUGGUCGGACGAAAUGGAGAGAAGUUAUGAAGAAAGUCGUAAAAAGGAGGAAGAAGAACGGCAACAAAAUGAAGGCAGUGGAGGAAAUGGAUCCGGCGACUACACUACAAGUGAUUCACCAGGACUUGCAAGUCAAAAUUCAGAGGUGUCUUCACAAGAUUCGGGACGUGCCACCGGUGGCUUGGCGUCGUCCCUCUCUCCUAUGGAUGAGGCGGGCGACGUCCUGCCAAUGUACGAGUUUGAAAUUCCGAACACACUAGUUGGAUUAAUUAUUGGUAUCAAAGGAAAAACGAUAAAGGAACUCAGUACCAGAACGGACGUACGAAUGCUUAUACGACAACAUCACACACCGGAAAAAGUUGAUACACAUCAGAUAUGCCAGGUUCGCGGAAAACGUGAGCAAAUCAACCGCUGUCUUCAAAUGUUACGCCGGAGAUUCCCACCGGCACGAUUCCCAGAACUGAAUUUACAGCCAGUAUUGCCACCACCACUACCAAACAACCUGUUUGAUGCUCUUGCUUCACAACCCAGCUGGCUUACACUUCCCGACGCCAUACCAUGCGAGGUCGUCUGUUCGUCGGUAAUCGAUCCUGGACACUUCUUCCUUCAACAACCGACACAUCCAUCAUUUUCAUCCCUAUCACAUCUUGAUAUGUAUAUGAUUCGACUUUACAGCCAAGGCACAGACAUUCCAGAUUUACCUAAACCGUGCCAAACUGGUCUAUUGUGUGCGGCUCCAGUGCUUGGCGCUUGGUUCCGUGCAGUCACAGUCAGCUAUUAUGCCGAAACAGAUGAGGUUAUGCUAAGAUUCGUCGAUUAUGGUGGUUACACCCGGUUACCUCGAAGCGAAUUGAGACAAAUAAGGACGGAUUUAAUGUCAUUGCCAUUCCAAGCUAUUGAAUGCUACCUUGCACAUGUGCAACCAAUUGAUGGAACCUGGCAAUGGGGUGAGGCAGCAUUCGCACAUUUCCAAAAACUUUGCAUGGGCAAAGUAAUGAAUGCAACAGUGGUUGGAUUCAACGUGAGUGAUAAAGUACCAAUGGUGGAAUUAACAGUUCUUGAUGAAGAAAACAAGCCCAUACGCGUUGACAAGGACUUAAUGGAAAAUGGUUUCGCUAAAGCAUCGGACCCAUCGAAACUACAAAAAGUCGCAGCAUCGAAGUCUCGGACGUUGUCUACGCACUCCACGGCUCCCGUGAUUGCGGCCGUCUAAGCGGCUCGAGCUCAUAGCGAGUAGUUGUUAGCUCAGCGCAAAGGAGUCUUGCCCUUUUUUCGUUUUCCAUACAGCUAAGCUAUUCUUAAUUUUUCGAACAGAUGUAAUGAUUUGAGCAGCUCCCUGUUUUUCUUCAUCUUUCCCUCGUCAUAUCCCUAUAUAAGAAACAGGCCCCCGCACGACGAUCAUAUAUCUAGCGUCUAGAGUUAGCCAUCCAUAGUCUAUAGCUAUUUUGUUGUGUUUGUGGUUGGUUGUUGCUCUCUUAUUUCCUCUUCAUUAUCUCUCUUACAUGUUAUUUUCCCCUAUACUAUCGGUUUUCUGGUUAUCCCUUUCGUCGUUGGACCAUCGUUUAUCGUUAUCUCCUUCCAACUUCGGUCGUUCAGAACGUGUUUCAAGCAUCUAUCAUUUUAUUAAUAUACUAAAAACUCUACGUUUCUGUUGUUUGUAGAAUAAUAGUCUAUAGUGUCUAGGCAGAGAAAGAGAGUUUAUCGAAUCACAUCGCAAAAGCGCAUCCCCCGGUCCUGCUAUGUGUCCCACAGUUGCCUUUUCUAUUUUGUUCUGUUUUCGCUCUUUUUCUAUUAUAGCUCGAGAUCAGGUACUCGCCGAUGCUCGGUCACUCUGUUUUUCCUCGUAAAGGGACAAUAUUCUAUAUAUCUUGGUCACUUUCGUGUUCUAGGGUCGACCUCAAUGUCGAGGUGAUUUUAUUCUGUUCUGUUUCUUUCCUUUUUUGUUCCUUCGUUUUUCAAACCUGAUUUUCGUUCUAGGGAGCGAAAAUACUAUACAAAGAGAGUUGUUGAUUUUGUUGAGCUGAUUUCUAAUCUCCACUAUCACCCUUCAGUCAUUUUCAAAUCCCAAUCGACUGUUCUAUCCUAGAAGUGUCUAUGGCUUUGACUUGUUUGUAGAUUCCAAGCAUGAGAAAAUGAGUGACAAUAAGGUGUAGAUUGUCUGAGGGCCCGCAAGUUUUUUUGUGACGGAUAUACUGUAUACUGUAUGUACUGUAGUAUGCGUCUGAGGCGAUUUUUCUCUGAAUCCACGAUUGUUAUAUCUUUUUUCUCCCUUUUCUUUAUCAUUUGUUUCACUCAUCAUCAAAUCCACCACGUGACCACUGAACCUCCCAUUACACCCUCCAAGUAAUAUAUCUGUAUAUUCUUUUCAUCCCCUUCGUUCCCCCCCCCCCCCCCCCCCUUUAUGGUUUAUUUCUUCCCCAAAUUUUUUAGUGCUUUGUACGAAUCAAUACAUAUUUCAUUCUUCC